GCCGGGGAGGGGGCUAGGGGCCUCCGAGGGCUCCGGAGCGGCGACUGGCGAGCCAUGGCGCUGGGGCUGCAGCGCGCAAGGUCGACCACGGAGCUGCGCAAGGAAAAGUCCCGGGAUGCGGCCCGCAGCCGGCGCAGCCAGGAGACCGAGGUGCUGUACCAGCUGGCUCACACGCUGCCCUUCGCCCGCGGCGUCAGCGCCCACCUGGACAAGGCCUCUAUCAUGCGCCUCACCAUCAGCUACCUGCGCAUGCACCGCCUCUGCGCCGCAGGGGAGUGGAACCAGGUGGGAGCAGGGGGAGAACCACUGGAUGCCUGCUACCUGAAGGCCCUGGAGGGCUUCGUCAUGGUGCUCACCGCCGAGGGAGACAUGGCUUACCUGUCGGAGAAUGUCAGCAAACACCUGGGCCUCAGUCAGCUGGAGCUCAUCGGACACAGCAUCUUUGAUUUCAUCCACCCCUGUGACCAAGAGGAGCUUCAGGACGCCCUGACCCCCCAGCAGACCCUGUCCAGGAGGAAGGUGGAGGCCCCCACGGAGCGGUGCUUCUCCUUGCGCAUGAAGAGUACGCUCACCAGCCGCGGGCGCACCCUCAACCUCAAGGCGGCCACCUGGAAGGUGCUGAACUGCUCUGGACAUAUGAGGGCCUACAAGCCCCCUGCACAGACUUCUCCAGCUGGGAGCCCUGACUCAGAGCCCCCACUGCAGUGCCUGGUGCUCAUCUGUGAAGCCAUCCCCCACCCAGGCAGCCUGGAGCCCCCGCUGGGCCGAGGGGCCUUCCUCAGCCGCCACAGCCUGGACAUGAAGUUCACCUACUGUGACGACAGGAUUGCAGAAGUGGCUGGCUAUAGUCCCGAUGACCUGAUCGGCUGUUCCGCCUACGAGUACAUCCACGCGCUGGACUCCGAUGCGGUCAGCAAGAGCAUCCACACCUUGCUGAGCAAGGGCCAGGCAGUAACAGGGCAGUAUCGCUUCCUGGCCCGGAGUGGUGGCUACCUGUGGACCCAGACCCAGGCCACAGUGGUGUCAGGGGGACGGGGCCCCCAGUCGGAGAGUAUCGUCUGUGUCCAUUUUUUAAUCAGCCGGGUGGAAGAGACCGGAGUGGUGCUGUCCCUGGAGCAAACGGAGCAACACUCUCGCAGACCCAUUCAGCGGGGCGCCCCCUCUCAGAAGGACACCCCUAACCCUGCGGACAGCCUUGACGCCCCUGGCCCCCGGAUCCUUGCCUUCCUGCACCCGCCUUCCCUGAGCGAGGCUGCCCUGGCCGCUGACCCCCGCCGUUUCUGCAGCCCUGACCUCCGUCGCCUCCUGGGACCCAUCCUGGAUGGGGCUUCAGUAGCGGCCACUCCCAGCACCCCGCUGGCCACACGGCGCCCCCAAAGUCCUCUUUCGGCUGAUCUCCCAGAUGAACUACCUGUGGGCACCGAGAAUGUGCACAGACUCUUCACCUCCGGGAAAGACACUGAGGCAGUGGAGACAGAUUUAGAUAUAGCUCAGGAUGCCGAUGCUCUGGAUUUGGAGAUGCUGGCCCCCUACAUCUCCAUGGAUGAUGACUUCCAGCUCAACGCCAGCGAGCAGCUACCCAGGGCCUACCACAGACCUCUGGGGGCUGUCCCCCGGCCCCGUGCUCGGAGCUUCCAUGGCCUGUCACCUCCAGCCCUUGAGCCCUCCCUGCUGCCCCGCUGGGGGAGUGACCCCCGGCUGAGCUGCUCCAGCCCUUCCAGAGGGGACCCCUCAGCAUCCUCUCCCGUGGCUGGGGCUCGGAAGAGGACCCUGGCCCAGAGCUCAGAGGACGAGGACGAGGGAGUGGAGCUGCUGGGAGUGAGACCUCCCAAAAGGUCCCCCAGCCCAGAACACGAAAACUUUCUGCUGUUUCCCCUCAGCCUGAGUUUCCUUCUGACAGGAGGACCAGCCCCAGGGAGCCUGCAGGACCCCAGCACCCCACUCCUGAACCUGAAUGAGCCCCUGGGCCUGCGCCCCUCACUGCUCUCUCCGUACUCAGACGAGGACACUACCCAGCCCGGGGGCCCCUUCCAGCCAAGGGCAGGCUCAGCCCAGGCUGACUGAGCCGGCUCCUCUCCCCAUCUGCCUUCUCCUCCCCCCGAAAGGACCUCAACCACACUCCACGCCGGCAGCCAACGCACAGGAUGGGGGCGCCAGGAGAGGGGACUCUCUCUCCUCUAUGUGCCCCCUGCCCACCUCGGGCCUACCUCAGCCCUCACCCCUCUGCCUGCUCCCAAUCUGGGGGCUCUCUGGGGUGGUCUCAGCUCAGUGACCUCUGGGAGGUGGUCCCUGGCCCCCUCCCCCUCCUCUCAGGAUUUCUCUUGGGGUUCUCAAUACUUGGUUACCUCAUUAUCCCUUUCUCUGCCUCUCUUGGCUUUAUUUUGGGGAAUCAGGGGUGGGGAGGGUUGGGGGGGUCAUAUCUGUGUUUCCAGGUUCUGGGGAGAACAAUGAUCCACGGGUCAACGUGAUCACGUUUCCUUCUAUCCUUCUUGUAUUAUUAUUUUUAUUUUUGUCAAUUUUAUGAUAUGGUUUUUAAUCAUGAUGAAUUGCCUGGGGUCUGUAAGAAUGUGGGACUCUGAUCUUCCCCCUCCUCAGGUGUCAGUGCGGGGAGGCUCUGGGCCAGACCUCACCCCCAGUGACUUCCGAUUGAGGCCAAAGACCCCAAGCUGCCCGCCAGCUCUGCCUGCCCCUUGCGCUCUGGGCUUCCUGCCGCCCCCAGCUUUGCCUGGACACUGACUUUAUUCAUGGUCCUCCUACUUCAGGGGCAGCCUCCCAGUUCCUCUGCUUCCAAACUAUGCAACCUCCAACCUGCUCCAGUUCCAGACUGUAUAACCUCUCACCUGCACUGGUUCUAGACCACACAACCUCCAGUGUGGUCUGCUUUAGAUCACCUUCUUCUUCCUUCUUCCUCUUCCUUCUCUUCCUCUUCCUCCUCCUCCUCUUCCUCUUCUUCUUCUUUUUUUUUGACAGAGUCUUGCUCUGUCACCCAGGCUGGAGUGCAGUGGCGCGAUUUCAGCUUACUGCAGCCUCCGCGCCCUGGGUUCAAGUGAUUCUCCUGCCUCAACUUCCCAAAUAGCCGGGACUACAGGCAUGUGCCACAUUGCCCGGCUAAUUUUUGUAUGUUUAGUAGAGAUGGGGUUUCACCACGUUGUCCAGUCUGGUCUCGAACUCCUGACCUCAAGUGCUCCACCUGCCUCAGCCUUCCAAAGUGCUGGGAUUAUAGGCGUGAGCCACUGCACCCGGCUAGAACUCACUUUCUCCAAAUCCCUCUGCUUCAAAUUUCACCGUCUUCAGCUCUUUCUAGUUCUGGACCUCACCAGCCUCUCAUUCUGCCUGUUUUCAAACCUUACGAUCCCCAAAAAUUGUCUGGUUCUGGGCCUCUAACUCCCUCUGGCUCUAUAGUCUAUGACUACCAGAUUCUUUUGGUUCUAGAAUUCACUAACUUCCUCUGGUUCUAGACCUCUUCCUAUAAAUUAAUCCCUCUUGUUUUAGAUCUCACACCCUCCAACUCCCUCUGGUUCCAGAUCUUAUAUUCAGUGAUUUCCUCUGGUUCUGGACCCCACAACUCCAAGCUUCCUGUUGGUUCCAGUUCUCCUGAUCGGUAAUACAUUUGGUUCCAAAUCCAGACCUCUUAAUCUCUCUCUCUUUUUUUUUUUUUUUUGAGACAGAGUCCCACUCUGUCACCCGGGCUGGAGUACAGUGGCUCAAUCUCGGCUCACUGCAGCCUCCACCUCCUGGGUUCAAGCGAUUCUUGGGCCUCAGCUUCCCAAAUAGCUGGGAUUACAGGCGUGUGCCACCAUGCCCAGCUAAGUUUUAUAUUUUUAGUAGAGACAGUGUUUCACCAUGUUGGCCAGGCUGGUCUUGAACUCCCGACCUCAACUGAUCCACCCGCCUCAGCCUCCCAAAGUGCUGAAAUUACAGGAGUGAGCCAGCAUGCCUGGCCAGACUUCUUAAUUUCUAAAUCACUUUUGUUUUAGACCUUAUCAGGCUCAGCUUAUUCUUCUGCAGUUCUCUAUAACCAAGACUCAUUUUCUCUCAUCAAAAACAAGUACAGAGAGUUUGAUGUGUUUAUCUUUUUUUUCUUCUUUUUUUUUUUUUUUUUUCUUUUUUGAGAUGGAGUCUCUCUGUCGCCCAGGCUGGAGUAUAGUGGCGCCAUCUAGGCUCACUGCAACCUCCGCCUCCUGGUUCAAGCGAUUCUCCUGCCUCAGCCUCCUAAAUUGCUGGGAUUACAGGAGCCCACCACCACAUCCGGCUACCUUUGUGUAUUUUUUAGUAGAGACAGGGUUUUGCCAAGUUGGAGGGCCUGGUCUUGAACUCUUGACCUCAGAUGAUCCACCCACCUCAGCCUCCCAAAGUGCUGGGAUUACAGGCAUAAGCCACCGUGCCCGACCCUGUCCUUAUCUUAUAAUAACCAGUUCUUCUAGAACCAGACGAUGCUCUAGUUCUCCUAGAUUCUGAACCUCAUGACCUGUACCACUCACUAGUUCCAGACUACACAACUUCUAGAAGGUGCCACCUCCAGGGUCCUCUGAUUCAAGAUCUGGUGAUCUGCUGUUUCUCUGGUUCUAGAACUGACUUACAAGUGCCUUCUGAUUCUAGACCUCAUUCUGUAAGUUCCCUUGGCUCUAGACUUCAUCAUUUCCAGCUCCUCCUCACUCAAGAUCUGACUCCAAAUUACCCUGGGUCUAGAAUUCAGCCUUCAAAUAUCUUCUGAUUUUAGACUUUGCCUUAUACAUUUCUCUGGUUUUAGAUCUUACCACCCUCAACUCCUUCUGAUUCUAGAUCUUAUGGUUCCCAAAUCUCUCUGGUUCUAGAAUUCAGAUUUUAGGCUUUUGUUUUUCCUUUUUUUUGUUGUUAAAAAAAAAAAAAAUAGAGACGGGGUUUCGCCAUGUUGCCCAGGCUGGUCGCGAACUACUGAGCUCAAGCAAUUCUCCCUCCUUGGCCUCACCAAAGUGCUGGGACUACAGGCAUGAGCCACUGAGCCCAGCCAGGCUUUUUCUAAUUCUAUGCUUUAUUCUAUAAAUUCCUCUGCUUCUAAGCCUCACAGCUUCCAACUGCCUUUGAUUUCAGAUCCAAAUUCCUCUGAUUCUAUAAUUCAGCCUCCAAAUGCUUCUGAUUCUGGAAUCUAGACUUUUCCCUAAAGAUUCCUCUGGUUCUGAAUCUUAUAACCUCAACUCCCUAAUUCCAGACCCCAGCCUCCUAAAUCUAUUCUGGGCUUCCCACCCCACUGAACUUACCCAAUUCCUUCUUUCAGUCUUAAGUCUUCCCAUUCUAGAUCCCUACCCUCUAGGCUGUGCUGCUUCUGGACUUCAUGCCUCUCCAUUCUCAUUGCCUACAAUCUCUGUGCCCCAGAACCCCCUCCACUUCCCACCCCAGCCCUCCAGACAUGCACUUACCUUGACUUUACCCCACAUGUUUGGGGCACCUGGGGCUCCCUCACCCCUUGGGUGGUUUGCAAUCUGAAGACUUCUCCAGCCGCACAGGCACAUGCACAGGCACGGUGCUGUCUGCAUAUUGCCAGGUGGGGAGAGAAGCCAGGACCCCUCAGCUGUCUGCCACCAUCUAUGUGCCUCCCUUACCCCCCAGCUUUCUUUCUACAAAUGGUGCUACUCUUGGUCUCCCACAGGAAAAGGCCUCCCCUCUUCUUAGCCCCAUUUACCCCGUUUGUGGAAGGCACUGCUCGCUCUGUUUUGUCAGAGAGUGGCCUAUCCAGAUUGGUGCUAUGGGGGGGUCUGACCCCUCCCUCCUCCCUCUGGAGGUGAUGUGGGCCCUCAAUGGAGGGAAUUGUGCUGGGCUAGGGAAAGGGGAGGGACUAGACUGGCCACACUGGCUCUGAAACUCACCAAUCUCUAUACACCAUAAAGACCUCACCUUGGUAGGCACCAGA